AUGAUGGGAGUCACAAGACAAAACAAAACCGAAAGGGUCAUAAUUCUGGUGGAAAGCGAAAAAGACCAUCCUGAAGAUGGUUUUCGCUGGAGAAAAUAUGGCAUGAAAAAUCUCAAAGGAAAUACAAAUCCGAGGAAAUACUACAGAUGCACAUACACUGGGUGUAAGGUGAAGAAACAUGUGCAGAGAAGCGCAGACGAUGUGAAGUUAGUGGUGGCUACAUACAAUGGGUUACAUGAGCACGUUCCACCACCUGAACGCAUAAUAAAAUCUGGUACAAAUAAUAAAUUCGGUUCGUCAAUGUCUCAGUCGGGAAGAACACCUUUCAGCCUUUCGGGCUCUCAGAUUUUCCCUUCUCCCUUGGCUCCACAACUGGAUAUGACAGAGUAUUAUAUAGCUGGACUCUCUGUGCUGCCAAUUUUACCGGUUAACAAGAAUCAUGGUGUUAUGAACCGGGAUGAUGAACCGAAGAUUGAUCGUGUGAUACCGACGGUACAGAGGUCUUCAAGGGGAUAA